AACGGCGUCGCUCCACGAAACCAUCGGUGCGGUUGCGUGCUCGCGCGGAGGAGAGAGAGAGAGAGGGGGGAGUGGAACCAAACCCUCGCUUCGUCGCCUCCUCCGGUAGUGGGGGAGGGGUGAGGCGUAGCGCGGCGCGCGGGACGGAGAGGACGAGCCGCCGGUGGAUCGGCCGGCCCCGACGAGACAGAGAAAAUCUAAGUUGUACAGCCUCAAAUUAUUCUUAGAAGCAGAAUUAUUCAAUGUGUCAAAGGUACAACUCCAUGUCCUUUGCUUUGAAAUUGAAUAUCACUUGCACAACAUGUCUUCUGAAUCUUCAGGCUAUAGUGAGAAUUGGCUUCCACAAUAACCCACAACCUUGAAAGCAGUGAUUAAGAUCUAUUAGAGUUGGACACAAUCUUUGGAACAUGAUUCAGUUCUGUUGUUUGUUUGACUCCACAUUGGGGGCACAUGCGGGAAUUAGUUUGACUAAGCCAAGUUUGAUCAGAUUGAUCACAGCCAUAUUUGAUAAGAUUGAUCACAUCUUAUGGCUGGACAUCAGUAUAACAAUUCCAAGAUGUCCCGCAUGGAUCAUAUGGACAGGCUAAACAAUGAACCUCCACCUUUUGGUCAAAAAUAUAUGCAUCCUAGGAGUGAUCCAGCUAAUGGAGCUGGAUCAUCUGGUUGUGUGGGUACAACAAUGAGAUCAAAUGAUCUUCCAUCUUCAAGUUAUGCUGGCCAAGCUUAUGGUCAGCAGAAUAGAGCUCCGGUGCAUGCUUCAUAUUCUGGCCAUGCGCCUGCUGGAAGCUCUAGUGGCAGCUAUGCACCAUACAAUACUCAACAUAUGCCUGCUUUAAACUAUCCACAUGGACUCGAGGAUAAUUUCAUUCCAAGUUCUCAUGUGGAUGGCAGAAGGGUUGCUUUGAAGAGAAGAAAUCCCAUCAAUCGUCCUACAGAUGGAUUUGGUGCUGGAAACUAUUAUGCUGGCAGCUCUUCCAAUCCUCAGUUCUCUCAUCCCAUGCCUCCAAAUCCUAUUCCACCACCUGAGACCUGUGUUCGAAUGCACUCACACGUAGGUUCGAGCCACUGGAAUGAUCAUUUCUAUGUUAAUCAUGAAGGAUCUCAGAGGAAUGUAAGAGGGCGACAUGAUCAUAGCUCUGUCCAUUUCGAACAAAAUCCAGCUACAGCUUGCCCAUCAAGCAACAUUAGUGUGCCACCCUACCAUCCAAAUGCAAAUGGUCCUUUUCGAAGCACACCAGUACAGCGUGACAGAGCUCCUUUAACUGUGCAUCCAAGGAUUCUUCCUCCAGGGACUGAUGGAAGUAGUAGCAUAGCAUUCCGAGAGAGGCCACACUAUCCUGCUCCGCAGAGCACCAACAUAAGUGCACCUGUGCCAACACUUCCUAGUUCUUGUGACAGUGCACCAUUUGCUCAUGGUGGGUAUGUUCCUAGAUCAGCUCAUUGUAACAACUUACGCACUUACCCCCCACCAGCUUUUGUGCCUUCCAACUCUGGGGUAGUCUCUAACUAUCCACCUGAGCCAGCUCUUCCUAGUUAUCCACCUGCUGCCCCUAGCUAUCCGCCUGCAAUUUCUGCAGCAUCAUCGAGUGUCCAGCCAUUUCAUGCUGAAGCUGCUGCAUCUUUGAGGCAUCCGAGGCAUGUAUCUGUGGGGCCCAGUGGUAGUGCAUGGAGUAGAAGGAUGAGAGAUUCAUAUCAUGGUUUUCAUCAUAUGAUGAUUGAGGACAACAAUUUGGGAAGAUCAACCGCUGAGCGGUUUAUGAUGUUGGAUCAGUUAGUUAUCCAUGAAUCAAGAGAGGCAUUCGAUCCUCAUUGGGACAUGAGACUGGACAUUGAUGACAUGAGCUACGAGGAGCUUCUGGCUUUGGAAGAGCGCAUAGGAAAUGUGAACACUGGCCUCGCUGAUGAAAAAAUUUCAGGCUGUGUGAUGGAGAUAGCCUGCUGCAGCAACAGUCAUUUGCAGGAUCAGGACACUGAAAGAUGCGUAAUCUGCCUGGAGGAAUAUAAGCACGAGGACUCCCUUGGGAGGUUGAAAUGCGGCCACGGGUUUCACUCCAACUGCAUCAAGAAGUGGCUGCAGCUGAAGAACACCUGCCCAGUUUGCAAAGCAGCUGCCGCAGAUGACUUCAGCUGAUGAGGGACCAAUUUGAUCUGCCCCUCCAUUUAUAUGACGUAGUUGUUCAGGUCAGGCCGAAUUAUGCCUGCCUUCGUUGCUCCGCGAUCUGGGCUCUUGUGAAUAAGUUAUCUCGAAAUGGAAUUAAUUUGUGAGUCAAGACUAUUAAAAACUCAACCCAAAACAUGCUGUCAUGUGUGCAAUGUAAAUCUUUCAAGUUCGUCGA